UUUAUCAAGACUGUGACAAUAUAGGGGAAGUUGAACACGUCCAUGCAUUUAUCGUAUUAAGAUUUGAAAAGACGAAGAAGUGAAAUUUGACGAUGAUGAUGAAGAAGAAGCAGCUCCACGUGAAGGUAAAACCAUUGAAGCUCGAAGGAUUCUUCAACAAGGUUGAUGAUGGACGAGAAAGGAAAGUGAAGCUCGAGAUGAAAUGGAGAGGGCCAAAUUCAAAUGGGUUGGUCUCCUUUUAUCGGAAUUCGACUUGCCGGAGGAAUUACAGCACAGAGAGGUUGGUGAAGAAAGACGAACCAAUUGAAUGGGACGAUGAGUUCGAGAGCGUAUGCAAUUUCUGGGUCUCCUCUUCCAAAGACAACUGCUUGUUGGGUUCAUGGGCUGUGUCAUUUCAUGUUCUAUAUAGCACAAGCCUAGAUUCUACAAAAUCCAGUGCUAAAUAUGCCAUGCUGGGUAAAGCAUCGUUUGAUUUAGCAAAUUUGGCAUCAACCAUAGGGUCUCGAGUUGAAAGGAAGCUUCCCGUUACAUUAUGCCGUGAUGGGAUCGUCAGAGAAGCAAAUCUUCUGGUGAGUGUAUCCUUUGCCGAGGUCAUAACCUCUAAUGAGUCUGCAGGAGUGGCACUAAAUUUGACAGAGUCAAACAGAGAUGGAUUCUUCAGAAUGAUGAAGAAUCUCACAAGUCAGAGGAAAAAUAAAAAGAAAGAAAAUGAGGGUCAAGAGGAUCAAAUCACUACAUAUGAAUCAGACCAGUCUAGAUUGUCUGACUCAGAUGGAUCUCCAACUGGGAACAGUCUAAGUUUGGAGACUCAGUUGGACUUGGUUCAAAGUAAGGGGCUAUUGCCAUGGAAGCGAAGACGGUUAGGUUUUAGACCAACUAUGAAGCAAUGUGAACCAGUGGAUAACUGGGAAAUGAGAGAAAUAGUAAGCAGAGAUGGGAAAGCAAAGCUCAAAGCAAAUGUGUUUUUUGCUUCCUUUGAUCAACGGAGCGAAAAGGCAGCCGGAGAAAGUGCAUGUACAGCAGUGGUUGCAGUCAUUGCUGAUAGGCUCCUCUCAAACCCAGACUCAAUGCCAGCAAGAAGUGAACUUGACAGCCUCAUCACACAAGGUUCGUCCGAGUGGCAAAGGCUUUGCAGCAACGAGACCUACAUGAAUUCCUUCCCAGACAAACAUUUUGAUCUUGAGACUGUUUUGGAAGCAGAGCUAAUGCCUACAACAGUCUUGCCAGAUAAAUCCUUCACUGGGUUUUUCAGUCCUGAGAAAUUCGAGUCAUUGAAGGAAGCUAUGUCUUUUGAUGAGAUUUGGAAUAAGAUAAGCAACACCGACAACGAUUACGAUGAACCAAAGAUUUAUAUUGUGAGCUGGAAUGAUCAUUUCUUUGUGUUGAAAGUUGAUAUUGAUGCUUACUAUGUUAUUGACUCGUUGGGUGAGAGGCUCUAUGAGGGAUGCAACCGGGCAUACAUAUUGAGGUUUGAUGACUCAAGCUUGUUGCAUGGGAAGGUGAAAAAACCCAGUACUGAAUAUGAAGCAGCAGAGGCAACAGAGAAGACUAAAGAUGAAGAAGAAUGUGAAGAGAUCAUCUGCAGAGGUAAAGAGUGUUGCAGAGAGUUCGUUAAGCAAUUUCUCGCUGCUAUAUCGCUAGGGGAACUAGAGGAAGAAGAGAAAAAGGGAACAAUCUCUAAUUUCUCGCUCAUUCAGCGUCUGCAGAUAGAUUUUCACUAUUGUUCUUCUUCACUCACUUUUUCUUCCUCUUCUUCUGCAGAAUCUUCCACCUACUCUCUCUUUUCUGGUGAUGAUUGUAUCUAAUGUGAAUCUAAAUAAGUAAAUUACAUUAGUGGAAACAACUUUAUCUCAUUUUUCA